AUGCACCCAUCCCAUGGAGUCGCACUAGUGACAGGUGGUCCUUCUCUUCCAUUAAUGCUUAUCUUGCAUUCCUCCUCUCCUUAUUCCUGCAACUCCCUCUCUCCACCAUCUCCAACAAUUCUUGAGCUCUCAACAUAUACAUACGUAUAUACACACACACACGCGCGCAUGUCGGGAGGUUGGUCGGGAGGUGGGUGGAGCCGGGAAGAAGAGAAGGAAUUUGAGAACGGCAUUGCCAUGCACUGGAACGAGGAAUGCAAGGAACAAAGCUGGACCAAGAUUGCUUCAAUGGUUCCCACCAAAAGCAUUCUUGAAUUAAAGCAUCACUACAUGCUUCUUCUUGAAGAUGUAGCUGCCAUUGAAGCUGGGAAUGUGCCAUUACCUAACUACAAUACAAAUAUUGCAACAGCUUCAUCUUCUUCUUAUAAAGACCACCCCUUUCAUCAGAAAGAUAAGCCCUUUUCCAACUCUAGUUUCUCUCCUGUGGAGCCCAGCGCCGGCAAGGGUGGCGGAAGCGCCAGCCGGUCAGAGCAAGAGCGGCGGAAGGGGAUUCCGUGGACCGAAGAGGAGCACAGGUUGUUUUUACUGGGGUUGGACAAGUUUGGGAAAGGGGAUUGGAGGAGCAUUUCAAGAAACUAUGUGAUUUCAAGAACUCCAACGCAGGUGGCAAGCCAUGCCCAGAAAUACUUCAUCCGUUUGAACUCCAUGAACAGGGACAGGAGGAGGUCCAGCAUCCACGAUAUCACCAGCGUCAACGGCGAGGAGGUUCCAUCGUCGGCCCACCUGGCGCCGCUCGUAACCGGCCAACACCCCCAUCCCCCACCAGCCGCUCCGCCUGCAAUGAAGCAUCAUCAGAGGCCAAACAUGCAUGGAUUAGGCAUGUACGGCGGAGCACCUGUGGGGCAGCCGGUGGCUGUUCCUCCCGGCCGUCACAUGGCUCCUGCAGUAGGCACUCCAGUGAUGAUGCCUCCAGGGCACCACCACCACCAACCAUCUUAUGUUCUUCCACUCGGUUGUCCCAUGCCACCGCCACCUCAGCCACCCAUCAAUUAAACUAAGAAAACAAAACUGUUCAGGCCUAACUUGCAGAGAACAAUUUUGCCCAAGUUGCUUAAAAAGCAGAGAAACUAACAGGAAUAAUGUUUUUUUUUCA